CCCGACAUAGCAACGCGACUUAUCGACCGACCUUGUAGCACAACACGGCAACGUCGCAGUCGCCCCUCGUUGGCGCCGCAAGCCGCAACGUCGCGUCGCUAGUCGCGCCCCGCCUGUCGCUCCUAUCAGUCAUGGCGAUGGAAGCAAAACAUGUCGUUGAUUCGCUUAUUCGCGAAGUCAAAACUCGGCCAAUCCUGUGGGAUAAGAAGCAUGAGUUGCACAAAAAUCGAGCAGUGAUCGACAGAGUUUGGGAUGAAGUGGCAGCAGUUAUUGGCAAAAACAAGGACCAAAUCAAGAUGAAAUGGAGGAACCUACGAGACCAAUUCUCAAGAGAAGUAAAAAAGAAUCCGAUAGGGGACGACGGAAUCCCAAUAAUAGACAAAUACAACGGGAAGUGGGCAUACUACGAGUUACUUACAUUCCUUAAAGACAAUGUUUAUUGGAAUCCUUCCGAUGAUAACAGACUUGAAGACAGCCAAGACGGAUAUGUGAAUGAUUUCAAUGGAGAAAGAGAAUCUGAUAUCAGCAUCAUUAUAAAAAGAGAUCCAGAUUUAGAUGAAGAUAUUGAGAGAGAUAUUGAAGGGGAUCGCUUCUUAGAUCCUUUAUUAGCCCUAGAAGUCCAAGAAGACACUUCUGAUUCAAAUUUAGUGACGACGGAGACAAAUGAAGUUCCUAGGAAAAGAUUAUGCCAAAGGAGAAUAAGGACAUAUUACCCAAGGCAGUUGCAAAGUGAAGGAUCUCACGCUGCAAGAUCACCUCGAGAAGUAGAUGAUGACUUGCAUUUUGCGUUGUCUUUGGUACCAUACUUGAGAAGCUUAGAUCCAUUAAGGAAGUUGAUAAUUAGGAAUGAAAUGCAGAAUUUAUUAAUAGGAGAAUUAAUGGAUACCCCUAAAAGUAAUAAAUAGUAUGUGUAAAAUGAG